UCUUUCCGCCUUGUGGGAGUCUCUUACUUCCGGUAGGGCUUGUAAAAUGGGAAAGAAGAUGGUUGUUUGAGUUAGUAAAAGACGAAAGGGCCAAAUUGAAGAAGUAUUUAAUUGUAUUCUUCUAGGAAGACAGCAACAUACUCACAGCUUUAUUACAGCACUUCCCAAUUCAUUCAAAGAGAAGGGUUCAAGUUCCUCAUCUGAUAAUGGAAAACACAGCUGAUAAUGGAGACAGUACUGAACAAGGAAGCAAUGAACAGUCGGAAGUUCAACGACAGCAUCAGAAUGAUCGCUUAGAUCGUGAAGAGGACUUCUAUCACUUUGUCAACAACUUGAGUGAAGAGGAUUACAGGCUCAUGAGAGACAAUAACUUGCUGGGCACUCCUGGUGAAGUUACCAAAGAAGAGUUACUUCGUCGCCUUCAGCAGGUGAAGGAGGGGCCAGAACAGGUUAAUCAGAGUGAAAUCGGGGCAGAAGAAAAUCGUGGUCCUGAGACCCCAGAUGAUGGUUCAAAUGGUGAUUCAAUUCUUGAUUGGUUGAACUCUGUGAGACAAACUGGAAACACCACAAGAAGUGGCCAACGAGGGAACCAGUCGUGGCGGGCAGUGAGCCGCACUAAUCCCAACAGUGGAGAUUUUAGAUUUAGUUUGGAAAUCAAUGUAAACCGUAAUAUUGCCGAGCAGCAAAUGAGAGCAGAAGGAGAAAUGACAGAGAGGUCAGGGACUGAGCAACCUAUGGAGGUUUCUUCACAUCUUACUGAGACAACAAAUGUAGAAAAUGCUGAUAUGGAUUCUGAAAGUCCUGGCCCUUCAGAUGCUGACAGAGUGCAGGAAGUCUCAGAACCACAAACUUCCCAUGACCAAACUACUCAAAGAGGUGUCAGACGGGCAAGAAGCCGUAGUCCAGAGCAAAGAGUAACAAGACCAAGAAAUGACAGGAGUUGCUCACCACCAUCUCGGGAUAAUGAUCAACUGCGUAUAUCUCACCAGACCAGUUCAGUUGAAAGUCAGAAUCUAGAAAACCUUGUCGAACCACAUACUGAAGAAUCCAGCUCUGUAGCACAAAAUUUGAAUUCAAGGCCAAGUCUAACUGAAUCUGAUGCUGAUUUACAAAAUUCUACAAGACAGGAUUCUUCUGUUCUUUCUGAACCAUCUCAAGAAAAUAAUUCUGGCAUUCAGGCAAGUGGUGAUACUAAUGCUGCAGGGAGGAGACCACCUACUAUCAUGCUGGAUCUUCAAGUACGGAGAGUACGGCCUGGAGAAUACAGGCAGAGAGAUAGCAUAGCUAGCAGAACCAGAUCCCGGUCUCAGACUGCCAACAAUACCUUUACAUAUGAAAGUGAACAAGGUGGUUUCCGGCGUACUUUCUCGCGAUCUGAGAGAGCUGGUGUACGCACUUACGUUAGCACAAUUCGUAUUCCAAUCAGACGGAUAUCUGAUGCAGGACUUAGUGAAGCUACCUCCAUGGCAUUGCAAACUAUGAUCAGGCAAAUAAUGACUGGAUUUGGGGAACUUAGUUACUUUAUGGACAGUGACAGUGACUCAGAUUCAAACAGAGGACCCAACAUUGAUUUACCAAAUGUUGGUGGCAGUUUAAGUCCUGAAAAUGUUGAAUUGCAAACCCAAGAAGAUCGGAGGAAUGAUGCAAGUUUACAGUCUGGGGCUGGAGGAGAGAGUCGUGAAAGCAGAGUUCCAAAUAGUGCUGAGGACGCUGGGUCCUUGCCUUUUCUUAGGCUAGCACACUUCUUUCUUUUAAAUGAUGAUGAUGAAGACCAUCCUAGGGGACUUACUAAAGAACAAAUUGACAAUCUUUCUACCCGAAGUUUCGGGGAAAGUGAUGGUCUUAAAACAUGUAGUGUGUGUAUUACAGAGUAUGCAGAAGGAAAUAAGCUUCGCAAGCUUCCAUGUUCUCAUGAAUACCAUGUUCACUGCAUUGAUCGUUGGCUUUCUGAAAAUUCCACUUGUCCCAUUUGCCGUAGGGCAGUACUGGUUUCAGGCAACCGAGAGAGUGUCGUCUAGCAGAGUUUUUUUUUUUUUUUUGUUUUUUUAGCUCUUGGAGUUUCUGUGCAAUAGAGUUAGCUAUUGAAGGAACAGCAGAGUCAAUAUGAUGUUAUUCCAGUUCUACUAGGGGAAUGCUUGACUCACUCUUAAAUGAUCUUUGUUGAAAAAUAGAAAAUGCUGUAUGUAUGUUUCCAAUGGAUUGCUCUUACUCAUCUUGGAAGACCAAGUUAUUUAUCAUGAAUAGGGGAACUUAACUCCCUUGUAUCAUUCAUUGUUGAUCAUUUUUAUAAUCAUACUGAGAAAUAAAAAAAUAUGACUAUACUUUUUAACAUCUUUUUAAUAUCUUUAUAAGAAGACUGAAAAGUGCUAAAAAGCAUCUUAACUUGUACUUUUGUUCUGCUGCAUUAAAAUGUUUUUUCUUUGCACUAAAUGUCACUUUUUUGCUUUGCAUUAGGUAUAGAAAGUUACCACCCCCUUUCAAAAUUGGUACCUCUUUAUAACAUACUGGAAAAACAGGCUUUUUUCAUUUUUAUUUGCAGUAUAUUUCAGACAAGAAUCCACUAUGAGCUGAAAGGUACUUUCAAAAGAACUUAAGUGUUAAGGCAUUUCAAAGGCUCUGGGCCUCUCAUAGAGCAUAGUAAAGACCAUCAUUAAGAAGUAGAAAACAUGACACCGCUAAUUUCUUUCCAAGAGAGUGACUGAGCAAGGAGGAAACAGAUCUCCCAGGCCACCAAAAAAACAGUGGCAACUGUGAAUGAUCUAUAGAACUUUUUAGCAAAGACUAGUCCUUGUGUGCGGGGGACUGUAUCACAAACACUUAACCUGGCCUGUAUAGGAAUGAUGGCAAGAAAAGAGCCGCUCAAAAAAAUAAAAGGCCUACUUGUUUUUCUUUACUGAAAAUUACCGUGAAGAUUCUGUGGCCAAGUGACAAAACAUGCUGUAGUUAGAUGAGAUUAGAACUGCAGCAAUGCUAACCAGUAUGUCAGACAAAAACAAAUACAUCCGAUUAUCCAGUGAACACUGUUUCUAAAGUAAAGCAGGGUGGUGUCAGCAACCCAUUUUGUUCAUUUGUCAGGAUAGAAGGGAAGAUGGGAAUACAGGCAAAUUCUUGAAUAAAAUGUGCAUCCAACAGCCAGGAAGCUAAAAAUAUCUGAUCUGACAAUGACUCAAACCACAUUAACAAAACUAUUGUACAGUGACUUAAGCACAGAUGUGUGAUUAUCUGGUUAGUGUCCUGAACAAAGUUCUCUAAAAAAAAAUCUGCAGGAUGCCUUAAAGAGGGGGUAGCACAACAAUUCGUCAACAUGCAGUUUGAUUGAACUUGAAUAAUUGUAUAAAGGGGAAUAGGAAAAUAUUACUACCUCUUCAUAUGUAAUUCAAUAAUUCCAGACUGACUCAAGCCUGUAAAUCUAAGAGAAGGUGCUUUAUUAACUUGUGGGUAAGUGUUCACUUAUCCAACCGGUUAUUCAACUUUUUAUUUUCGUACAACACUGUAUUUUCUUUUGUUUUUUUCACUUCAAUGUUAGAAAUCGCAAAGUAAUGUUUGUAAAUAAAACUGGAAAAUGUCUUCAUUUUUUUCUUCUGCUUUAAGGGCAACAAAAGAUUAACGUUUAAAAAGGGGAUGGUGACUUUUUAUGUAAAUUCCUGUAAUUCCUAAUCAUUGUUUCACUAAGUAAAUGUGUUUUGUGUUUUGUUUUUAUUUUUAUAUGUUGUGAAUUACUUGGCCCUGUGAGUUAAGUAGCUUGGAAACACAUCCAUGGGCAUCAAAGUAAAAAAAAAAGUUGCAUUAAAGGAAAGGUUUAUAGUUAGGUUCAGAAGUAUUUGGACAGUGAUACUAUUUUCAUACAUUGGUCCUGACACCACUAAAAUGGAUUUGAAAUAAAGCAGUCAUUAUCCGAUUGAAGUGUAGACUUUCAUCUUUAAUUUAAGGGGGUAACACAAAUAUUGUAUGAACAGUUUAGUAAUGACAGCCAUUUUUCUGAAGAAACACCUCAACCCCACAUUUACAGGGGCUGAAAUUUAUUUGGACAUUUGACUGACAAGCUUAUCCAUAGCAAAGCUGGAGCAGUUCCCUUAUUAUUUCAUUAAUUAUUAAGCAGGUAGAAGGUUUGGAAUUGAUUCCAAGUGUGGAAUUUGCAUUUGGAACCUGUCAAUGUGAACUCUCAAAGUGAAGUCCAAAGACCUGUCCAUGAAAGUAAAAGCAGUCCAUCAUUAGGCUGAGAAAAUUAAACAAACCCUUUAGAGAGGUAGCUGAAACACGAGGAAUGGUCAAAUCAACCAUUUGGUGGUUUCUUAACAACACCAGAAGUUCUGGAAAACCACAGAAGACAGCUGUCCUGGAUGAUUGUAGAAUUCUGUCCUUGGUGAAGAAGAACCCCUUCACAUUAUUUAGCCAAACCACGAACAAUCUCCGGGAGGUAGACCAAUCAAUGCCAAAGUCUACAAGAAAGAGAAGACUUCAUGACAGUAAAGACAGAGGGUUUACCUCAAGGUGCAAACCAUUGGUAAUCCCCAAGCAUUAGAAGGAUGGAUUAGACUUGGCCAGAAAACAUUUUUAAAAGCCUGUCCAGUUCUGGAGCAGUUUUCUUUGGACAAAGGAUAAAGUCACUAUAUGCCAGAAUAUUGGAAAGAGAAGAGCAUGCAGAAGCAAGAAAUGCCUUAUAAUCCAAUAAAUACCACAUCAUCAGUGAAACAUGGUUGAGGCAGUUUUAUGGCAUGAUUGUGCAUGGAUUCGAGUGGAAGUAAGUCACUAGUGUUUAUUGGUGAUACAACUGCUGGCAGAAGUAGCAGGAUGAAUCCUGAAGUGUGUAGGGUUAUCACUACAGGUUGAACCAAAUACUGCAAAAUUAUAGGACAAUGCUUUACAGUACAGAUGAACAAUGAGAUGAAACAUACUGUGAAAGCAAACCAAGUGCUUUUCAAUGCAGUGUACAGAAAUAUUCUUCAAAGGCCAAGUCAAUCAACUGACCUCAACCCAACUGGACAUGCAUUUCACUUGAAGACACAACUGAUGGCAAAGUAUAAUGAAGAGCAGCAACUGAAGACAGCUGCAAUUAAUGCCAGGCCAAGUAUCACUAAGGUGGAAAUCAAGCAUUUGGAUACGGUCCUGAGUUCCAGACUUCAGGCUGUCAUUGACUGUAAAGGUUUUUCAGUCAUGUAUUGAAAAUGACCAUUUAUGAUUGUUGUCUAAAACAUUUUGAGCCCCUGGGUAUUAUUGUGACUAUGCAUAAAAUUAGCUGUCAUUCCUGAACAGCUCAAACAAUAUUUUUGGUAAACCCCUUAAAUUUAAAUCUGAGUGUCUAUAUUUCAAUCACAUAAUGAUUGCUUAAUUCCAAAUCUAUUGUGGUGGUGUACAGAGCCAAAAUUAUAAAAAUAAAUAAAAAAAAGUGUCCAAAUACUUAUGGACCUACUGUAACUGUAGACGAACUUGGGAAAGUUAUAGAUGUUAGUUUUGAACUAAAUAAAAUUUAUGGCAUUAAGAGUAAAUAAGUAUAAACAAUGUAAAUAUUUAACACUGUAAAUGUUACAAUGUUGUGUUAUUUUGUUUCAGGUAUUACAUGCCUUUAGAGAUGUUUAUAAAUUAUUGGGGGACAUUUCAUUUAUUUUAAUGUUCUAGCAUGACAGUUUCAUAAAAAUGGAGAAUAUCACAUUGUUACACAUUGAAGAUUUCUUGAUCACUUGUUCCUCUUUCUGUAUCAUAUAUUCCCUAUGAAUAGCUGAAAAAAAAACUAGCUUCCUGAGCAGUCUAUCUGCAGCAUUUACAAUAAUGAAGUUAAGCUAAACCUCACUUGUGCCACGUCAACAAAAAAGACUAAUUCAAAUGCAGAGGAUAAGUUUUUCAUUGAUAGUAGCUCUGAUCUAUUUAUAUUGAAGAACCCAGCAUGCCUGUCUAGCUACUGCAGAGUUUGCUGUGAGAGUGUAGGUACCUAAGAUAAUUGUUAGAUUUUAUUGGGUACCUAAGCAUUUAGAUUCCCCCUCUACUUGUGUGGGUGGCCUGUGUUACAACAUACAACAGCAGGUAUGGUGGUAAUAUAGUGGAGGCUAUACAUGCUUUGUAUGUAAAUGAGCAGAUAGGCUAAUUAUGUUUGUGUUGCUUUUGAAGGAUUACUUCCAGAAAGACAUCUCUUUCCAGUUGCUUCAAUAGAAAAAUACAAACUGCAAAAAUUAACUGUUUUGUUUCCACUGUUUUACAGAUCAAACUAAUCUUCUGUUAAUGUAUUGGCUUUUCUUUUGGGCCUUUUGAUGAGUAUCUGGCUGCUUGUAAAAAAAAAAAAAAAAAAAUUGUGACAGCAUUAUACAACUUUGGUUUUACUGCAAACAAAGCAUGUUGUGUUACCUCAGAAUGACUAGUUAGAAAUAGCUAUUUUCCAUUUUCUUCAGUUAAGCUGGUACGUUUUUGAUGGCAUUGGUUGUUUAAGCAAAAAGAGUGUUUACUAAGUACUGAUUGCUUUUGCAGCAUUGCUAGGGUUUUUGUUUAAAUUGUAACUUGAACUUGAAAUCUAAAUUCUUAAAUGUAGUCACAAAAAAGCCAGGGGACUGGCAAUGUGGUGUCACAGUUACACCAGUAUUAUUAGCUGCAGUUCCAGACUUUGAAACACUAGGUUUGCUGGUUCCGUUUUUCCACCUCAGACUCUGUGUAUCACUUGAAGCUUAUGAUUCAUUUUAUCUUAAAGGGGAAAAACGGUUAAUUGUAAUAAUGACUUUUCAUGUUGUUUUGGAAAUGGGUGUCUGCCAUAUAUUUAAUAAUAAAAAAGAUGCUGGAUAAUUGCAUAUA